AUGUCCACUACUGUUGAAAAGAUUAAAGCGAUCGAGGAUGAGAUGGCCAAGACUCAAAAGAACAAGGCCACCUCGUUCCACUUGGGUCAGUUGAAGGCCAAGCUGGCUAAAUUGAGAAGAGAGCUGCUUACUGCGGCCUCAGCCACCGGCGGUGGUGGUGCUGGUGUUGGUUUUGACGUUGCUAGGACGGGUGUUGCCAGUGUUGGGUUCGUGGGGUUCCCAUCUGUGGGGAAGUCUACUUUGCUGUCCAAGUUGACUGGUACCGAGUCUGAGGUGGCAGCUUACGAGUUCACCACGUUGGUUACUGUGCCAGGUGUUAUUCGUUACAAGGGUGCCAAGAUCCAAAUGCUGGAUUUGCCGGGUAUUAUUGACGGUGCCAAGGACGGUCGUGGUAGAGGUAGACAAGUCAUCGCUGUGGCAAGAACGUGUAACUUGCUGUUUAUUGUUUUGGACGUGAACAAGCCUUUGCAUCACAAACAAAUCAUAGAAAAGGAAUUGGAGGGUGUCGGGAUCCGUCUAAACAAGCAACCACCUGAUAUCUUGAUCAAAAAGAAGGAAAAGGGUGGUAUCUCGGUGACGAACACCGUUCCAUUAACUCACAUCAGCCACGAAGAAGUGAAAGCUGUCAUGAACGAGUAUAGAAUCAACAGUGCAGAGGUUGCCAUCAGAUGUGACGCCACCGUUGAUGAUUUAAUUGAUGUGUUAGAAUCGGCAAGCAGAAGGUAUAUGCCCGCUGUUUACGUUUUGAACAAGAUCGAUUCCCUUUCCUUGGAAGAAUUGGAACUGUUAUAUAGAAUUCCAAAUGCUGUUCCUAUUUCUUCCGGCCAAGAAUGGAACUUAGACGAACUGUUGGAAGUCAUGUGGGACAGAUUAAACCUGGUCAGAGUAUAUACAAAACCAAAGGGUAAAAUACCCGACUUCACAGAUCCAGUUGUUUUAAGAUCAGACCAUUGUAGUGUUAGAGACUUUUGUAACCAAAUCCAUAAGUCCUUGGUUGACGAUUUCAGAAAUGCUCUUGUGUUUGGUAGUAGUGUCAAGCACCAACCUCAAUUUGUAGGGUUGAAUCACGUAUUAGAAGAUGAAGAUGUCGUUACCAUCUUAAAAAAAUAG